AUGGGGCAUUCUACCUACCCGAGGGAUCUUGGCGAGGAGGGGGUGCCGAUACCAGCUGAUUGUGAGGGAUGCCUGGGGGAGGAGGAGACCACCAGUCAUGUUUUGUUUACAUGCCCGUGGGCGCGUCAGGUGUGGGGCCUCGUAGCGACUCGCCGCCAGUCUUUCAUCUCUACUGAGGCCUUUUUGAGUCAGGUGAGGGACUCAGCUCGGAGAUUCGACAUGGCAGAUAGGGGAGUAGUAUGGGCUCACGUGGCAUAUCACAUCUGGCUGGAUAGAAACGCGAGGAUAUUUGAGGGUAGAGGUUUCUAUCCGAGAUUGGUGGUUACUAGAGCUUACGCACAUGCAGCUGAGUUGGUGAGCGCUGCAGUUGACUCUUCAUCUGGAGAUGAUAGGGAUACCUGGGGCGCCUUUUCUUCCCCGCAUAGAUAUGCGAUGAUACCACUGGUAUCCUGGGCGCCCCCACCCCCUGGUUCUCUAAAGGUGAAUUUCGAUGGCAGCGUAGCGGAGGGCGGUAGCAGAUGUGGCGUGGGCUUUGUGAUCAGAGACCACGACUCCAGACUGAUUGUGGCCGGAGGCCGGCGCACUUUUGAUGGAUCCGUCUAUGUGACGGAGUUGCACGCGACAUGGGAGGGACUUCUAUAUAUGCUAGAGUAUACCUGGGUGCCCGACGGAUUCUUCUAG